CUGGCCGCAGUCGCGAGAUCUUGGGCGUGCCGGCUCCGCCUUCGUGUCCGCUCGACUCCACACACAAAUGCUAGCGGUGAACAGACAGGCACGGGCUCUCGCCACUGUGUCGCUGCUGCUGCUGCAGGCCUCUUGCCUGCCGUGGCUCGACAACGCGACGCCCGGCUGGUUCGAGCCACCUUUGCCGUGGCUGAUGAGGGCCGGCGGCGCGUGGGGCGUCGCGGCGGCCUGCUGCUUGCUCUACUCGGGCGCGCCACAGUGGCAGAGAACGGGCGUGGACCUGCUGCGAAUCGUCGGCGUCGUCGCAUUGGGCUGUAUGCUCAUUCUCUGCUUCUCUGCGAUCUCCAGCGACGGGCGGUUGGGCAGCCCGCCCUCGUGCUACUCCUCAGCCGCUGCUGGCGGCCUGCCAGACGCUGUGCCUGUGCCUCCGCUGUGUGGAGCCUUCCCGACCCGCCUCUCGGCGUGGUCGUUCGCUCUCCUGCUCGUCAGCCUGGCCGCCCUCCUCUCGCUCUCCCUCUCCUUGGCUUGGCGGGGGGCACCCCUCGCUGCCGCGCCCCUGCACGGCGGAGCACGGCCCAGCGACUACAGGCUCGACGACGACGGAGGCUGGGGGCCCGAGGGUGCGCCGCUCUUCUCCCGCCGCGGGCGCCGCUCGUCCAUGCGCUCUUCUCCGGGCGGCAAGCCGCGAGCCAAGCUGGCGCGCGGGUGGCGCGAGCACGAGGACGCCGACGGCUGCCCCUACUAUCGCCACAGAAAGACUGGGCAGGUGCAGU